CAGCUGUGGUGAACUGAACAUUAUCCAUAAUCUUUACAGCUCAGAGAAAAUGACCGCCAUCAAGCAUGCCUUACAGAGGGAUAUUUUCACUCCAAACGAUGAACGCUUAUUGAGCAUUGUCAAUGUCUGCAAAGCAGGAAAAAAGAAGAGAAACUGCUUUUUGUGUGCCACAGUGACGACUGAACGCCCAGUGCAGGUGAAUGUAGUAAAGGUGAAAAAGUCUGAUAAAGGAGAUUUCUACAAGAGGCAGACUGCGUGGGCACUUCGCGAUCUUGCGGUUGUUGAUGCCAAGGAUGCCAUCAAAGAAAAUCCUGAAUUUGACCUACAUUUCGACAAGGUGUACAAAUGGGUUGCCAGCAGCACUGCAGAAAAGAACACUUUCAUUUCAUGUAUUUGGAAACUCAACCAGCGGUAUCUUAGAAAGAAAAUUGACUUCAUAAAUGUUAGUUCUCAGCUUUUGGAAGAACUUCCUAAAGUUGCAGAAGAAUCUGUUCCAAGUGGAGAGAAUCAGAAUGUGGCUGGGGGAGAUGAAGAGGUGGUGGAUGAAUAUCAAGAGUUAAAUGCGAGAGAGGAGCAGGACAUUGAAAUAAUGAUGGAAGGCUGUGAAUAUGCCAUUUCUAACGCUGAAGCCUUUGCAGAUAAGCUGUCCAGGGAGCUUCAAGUGCUAGAUGGGGCAAACAUUCAAUCAAUUAUGGCGUCUGAGAAGCAGGUGAACAUCCUAAUGAAACUGCUGGAUGAGGCGCUGAAAGAAGUGGACCAAAUUGAAGUGAAGCUGAGCAGUUAUGAGGAGAUGUUGCAGAGCGUGAAGGAACAAAUGGACCAGAUAUCCGAAAGCAACCAUCUCAUUCAUCUUAGCAACACCAACAACGUGAAGCUGCUGUCAGAGAUAGAGUUUCUCGUUAAUCAUAUGGAUUUGGCAAAAGGUCAUAUCAAGGCCCUCCAGGAAGGAGAUCUCUCCUCGUCUCGGGGCAUUGAGGCCUGCACUAACGCGGCAGAUGCUCUCUUGCAGUGUAUGAAUGUAGCUCUUCAGCCAGGGCAUGACAUGCUCCACGCGGUCCAGCAACAGCAGCAGCGGUUCAGCGACCUGCGGGAGCAGUUUGCACGGCGACUGGCCAGCCAUCUGAACAAUGUAUUCGUUCAGCAGUUUACUGAGACCCUUCUCCAGCUCUAUAACAGGCCCUACUAUCUUUCAGUUCCCGGUCACGAUCAAAGUUCUACUCUGGCUCAGCACUCUGUGGAGUUAACACUGCCAAAUCAUCACCCCUUUCACAGGGACUUGCUGCGCUAUGCUAAACUCAUGGAGUGGUUAAAGAACACAGAUUAUGGAAAGUAUGAAGGACUGACAAAGAACUAUAUGGAUUAUUUAUCACGAUUAUAUGAAAGGGAAAUAAAGGAUUUUUUUGAGGUUGCCAAGAUUAAAAUGACAGGUGCGACUAAGGAAGGAAAGAAGUUUGCUACACUGCCUCGAAAAGAAAGUGCUGUCAAACAGGAGACGGAGAGUCUUCAUGGAAGCUCUGGGAAAUUGACCGGUUCAACAUCCAGCUUGAACAAACUUUCCGUUCAGAGUUCAGGAAGCCGCAGGUCUCAGUCAUCCUCGUUACUGGAUAUGGGGAACAUGUCCACCUCGGACCUUGACGUGGCCGAUAGAACAAAGUUUGAUAAGAUCUUUGAACAAGUACUGAGUGAACUGGAGCCCUUGUGUUUGUCAGAACAAGACUUCAUUAGUAAAUUCUUCAAACUUCAGCAGCAUCUUAGCCUUCCUGGAACAGCGGUGGGUGAUGCCGAAGAGAUGGAUGGAGGAACUUUAUCCAGGUCACACAAUGCUGGUGGUCCACAGUCAAUCUCCUCUGAGAACCACAUGAUCCGGCAGAUGAUGAUAAAAAUAUUUCGCUGCGUUGAGCCAGAACUGAAUAACCUUAUUGCUCUAGGGGACAAGAUCGAUAGCUUUAAUUCGCUUUACAUGCUAGUGAAAAUGAGUCACCAUGUAUGGACGGCACAAAAUGUGGACCCUACUUCCUUUCUCAGCACAACGCUUGGAAAUGUUUUAGUAACUGUCAAGAGGAACUUCGACAAAUGCAUUAGUAAUCAAAUAAAACUGAUGGAAGAUGUAAAGAUAUCAAAGAAGAGUAAAGUUGGAAUUCUUCCCUUUGUGGCUGAAUUUGAAGAAUUUGCAGCACUUGCUGAAUCUAUUUUCAAAAAUGCAGAGCGUCGAGGAGAUCUAGAUAAAGCCUACUUAAAACUUAUUAGAGGCGUUUUCACGAAUGUGGAAAAAGUAGCAAAUGAAAGCCAAAAGACGCCCCGGGACGUGGUCAUGAUGGAGAAUUUCCACCAUAUCUUUGCGACGCUGUCUCGGUUGAAGAUCUCGUGUCUGGAGGCUGAGAAGAAGGAAGCGAAACAGAAAUACACCGAUCAUCUGCAGUCUUAUGUCAUCUAUUCUUUGGGACAGCCGCUUGAGAAAUUAAAUCAUUUCUUUGAGGGUGUUGAAGCUCGUGUGGCACAAGGUGUGAGAGAGGAGGAAGUGAGCUACCAGUUGGCCUUCAAUAAGCAAGAGCUAAGAAAAGUUAUAAAGGAGUAUCCUGGAAAGGAAGUGAAAAAGGGAUUGGACAAUCUCUACAAGAAGGUGGAUAAACACCUGUGUGAAGAGGAGAACCUGCUUCAGGUGGUAUGGCAUUCGAUGCAAGACGAGUUCAUACGCCAGUACAAGCACUUCGAAGGCUUAAUAGCACGUUGCUAUCCUGGAUCUGGAAUUACUAUGGAGUUCACUAUCCAGGACAUUCUAGACUACUUUUCUAGUAUCGCACAGUCUCAUUAAUAUCUGCAUGGGGGUAAAGCAAGAUAAGCUACCAGAUCUGCAGGAAAGGAUGUGUUUUGAGAGACGGAGUUAAGGGUUCCCGCGAUCAUCCU